CAGUAUAGAUAUUGCAGCUCUUUUUCAUUGGACGAGAUAAAAUGAAAGUAGAAUUGUAAAGGAGGUAUUGAUUGUUGCCUUGUGCUUGCAUGACCAUGGCAGAACAGUAGUGUAGGAAUGUUUUUGAGUGACUCAUCAAAAACUCAAUGAAAGUAAGAGGGGCUAGUAUUUGGAACAAAAGAAUGCUGUAAAUUCUAAAGGAAACCACACUAUUGCACUGACAAGAACAUUGGUAAGUGGAUAAUUUAUUAAAUAAGCCAAUUAAAUUAGUUUGGAAACCAUAUUAUUUGAAAGAGAAAUAUGGGUGUAAGGCUAUCAUUCCUUAUCCUGAAGAGAGCAGUUUGGUUAGUUUCUGUUUGUGGAAUUAAGUAAAUAGGUCUAGGGCUUCUAGGCCUCAAGAUGUCAUGUUGUCUGUUUUAGGAUAAUGAAAAUUUGCCAUGUUCAGUUUGUACAGUUUGUUGUGACAGAAUAAAAAGUGUAACACAAAUCAUAUGUUUACUAAGAUUUUAAAAUAACCACCCUUAAAUCUGUAUUAACCAUGUUCUGCUUUACUAUUUAGCUUAACUCUGUAUUUUGAUUCCUGAUUGUCUUAAUGGAAUUUACUGUUAUAUUCUAAAAAGCUAAUGAGAAUUAACCAAAGUAUCCAGAUUUUAUAACAAAUAAUUCCAGAAAGAAACUACGCUUCCAGUAUCCUGGACUUCAGGAAAGAAGUGUUCUCUUCAUGCAUUCUAAAAUAAUGAUGGUUCAGGUGCUCUAAACCACAAAGAUAUAUUCCUUUGAAUCAACCUAAAGCUGCAACUGAUGCCUCAGUGUGUUUGGAGAAUAAAUGUGGAUAUCCCUGAAGAAGCUAAUCAGAAUCUUUCAUUCAGUGCUACUGAGCGAUGGUGGGAACAGACAGAUUUGACCAAACUAAUCAUAUCCAACAAUAAACUUCAGUCACUUACUGAUGACCUCCGACUCCUUCCUGCACUGACUGUUCUUGAUAUACAUGAUAAUCAGCUGACAUCUCUUCCUUCUGCUAUAAGAGAGUUAGAAAAUCUUCAGAAACUUAAUGUCAGCCAUAACAAACUGAAAAUACUCCCUGAAGAAAUUACAAAUCUAAGAAACCUGAAGGGCCUAUAUCUCCAGCAUAAUGAACUAACUUGCAUACCAAGGGGAUUUGAACAACUUUCCAACUUAGAAGAUUUAGAUCUUUCGAACAAUCAUCUUACAACUGUUCCUGCUAGUUUUGCUUCUCUAUCCAGCCUGCUGCAACUCAAUCUUUCCAGUAAUCAACUGAAGAGUUUGCCUGCAGAAAUAAGUGGAAUGAAAAGAUUAAAGCAUUUGAAUUGUAAUUCAAAUCUCUUGGAAACUAUACCUUCUGAAUUGGCUAGCAUGGAAUCACUGGAAUUGCUUUAUUUGCGGAGGAAUAAAUUACGUUUUCUACCGGAAUUUCCUUCUUGUAAAUUAUUAAAGGAAUUACAUGUAGGUGAAAACCAGAUUGAAAUGUUAGGGGCAGAACACCUUAAGCAUCUGAAUUCUAUCCUUGUGCUAGACCUGCGAGAUAACAAGUUAAAAUCUGUUCCAGUUGAAAUUACACUCCUGCAAUCUUUGGAAAGGCUUGACCUAAGCAACAAUGAUAUUAGUAGUCUGCCCUGUUCAUUGGGAGAACUUCAUUUGAAAUUCCUGGCACUAGAAGGAAAUCCUUUGAGAACGAUUCGAAGAGAAAUUAUAAAUAAAGGAACCCAAGAAGUCUUAAAAUAUCUACGAAGCAAGAUUAAAGAUGAUGGACCUAGCCAAAGUGAUUCUGUUACUGAGACUGCCAUGACACUACCAAGUGAAUCUAGAGUCAAUGUACACGCCAUCAUCACAUUAAAAAUAUUAGACUAUAGUGAUAAACAAACAACUUUGAUUCCUGAUGAAGUGUUUGAUGCAGUAAAAAGUAACAUUAUCACUUCUGUUAACUUCAGUAAGAAUCAGCUAUGUGAAAUUCCCAAAAGGAUUGUGGAACUGAAGGAAAUGGUUUCUGAUGUCAAUCUCAGUUUUAAUAAGCUUUCCUUUAUAUCCUUGGAAUUAUGUAUGCUUCAAAAAUUAACUUUUUUAGAUCUCAGAAAUAAUUUUUUAAAUUCUUUGCCUGAAGAAAUGGAAUCAUUGAUAAGACUACAAACAAUCAACCUUUCCUUUAAUAGGUUCAAAAUACUACCUGAAGUUCUGUAUAGAAUUCCCACACUUGAAACAAUUUUGAUUAGUAACAAUCAGGUUGGAUCUGUGGACCCUCAGAAAAUGAAGACAAUGGAAAAUCUGAUUACAUUGGACCUUCAAAAUAAUGACCUUCUACAAAUUCCACCAGAGCUCGGGAAUUGUGUGAACUUAAGGACAUUGCUACUAGAUGGAAAUCCAUUCCGUGUUCCUAGAGCAGCCAUAUUAAUGAAAGGAACAGCUGCUAUUCUGGAAUAUUUGAGAGACCGAAUUCCUACUUAGAUUGGAGUUGUUACAUAAUCUUGGUCAUGUUAAUUCUUAGAGUUCUUAGAUUGGUAACUAACAUAUUUCUAAGGUAUCAUGUACAUUUAUAAUGGUGUAACUACGUAUAGUGUUCAUACAUUUGCUCUGAAUGUUUUGCAUAAGAUUUAUCCUCACUUUCAUUCUCUUAUAACACAGCAAACAGUUUCUUCAGAAGUGAAUUUUUAUUUAUCAUAGUUUAAUAUUUUUAUAAUGACAAAGCAUUGUUGCAGAGGUGGGUUUUUUUUUUUCCCAUUUCUGUUUGUGUUACGUAUAUUAUGACCAAUUGACUUGAAUAUGACCAUCCAAUUUCUACCUUUUUAUUGGAUAUAAAAUUGAAUUGAAUUUUAUUUAAUACUGUUCUUUGGCAUUUAAAAAAAUAAGACUUUUCAUUAUCCAUAAUAGGACUUUUAUGAUGUGGUUGGUGUCAGUAUAAGUUUCAAAUUAAUAUUUACUGUCUUGUUUUGUUUAUGUAGUUGAAAUGUUUUUUCCUAGCCUUUUUUACAUGUUUCAUGAAAUCAUUUUGUCGGGGUUUCUAAUGUCACAGAAGUGCUACAUAAGAUAUAGUUAUUGGUGGAGAAAAUAGUAAAAGUGUUGUUAUAAUUGCUCUCACAAUUCUGAAUUUAAAACUUGACAGGGUUUUUUUUUUUUUUAAGAUGUCUUAGUGUUAAGUUUCUAUACGGUAAUCUAGUACUUCUAGAUUCAACAAAUUUAAAGAAACUGGAUCUGCACAUUUUUUCCUCAGAGCGUGAGCAUUUAAAAAAUACCUUUUGUUCUUUGAAAAAAAAGUACUGAAAUUUUAUUAAUUUUUAUGGAUAACAGCAACAGAAAAUAAUAGCAUAUACUACAUAGAAAUCUUGAAAUGCAUUUUGUUUAUAUACUUACUAAGCAGGUAUUUGUAUAUAUAAUUACUCUGUUGAUGUGUUCUAAUCCAUCCUUGUGCAUUUUUUUUAUUUCCACGGUCUUAAUUUUUAAAUUUGCUUGUAGUCAUGUGGUAAUUUGCUAAAAGGGAACUUGUUAUAUUUGAUAAAAAUCAAAUAUAAACAUUUGUAUUUAUACCAAAAAUAUCAGAAGUAGGCUAGUCAGUCAUUAUAAAACAUACUAUGUGAUUCUAUUAAGUAACUAAUCAAUAGAAUGUAUAUUAGUUUAUAUAAAUAGAUGGGUGGAUAGGUACGUAGGUAGGUGGAUGGAUGGAUAGAUAGCUUUUGGAUGAUUGAGACAUGCUCAUAUUAUGAAAAAAAAUCAUUGCUAAUAAAGAUAAAUACUACAUGUUCAUUAAAAAGUUACAUUUUUCAAAUAUUGAUUACAAUGUUUAUGUUUUUGGUUUAAAAGAAACAUGCCCUUCUCAUACAACAACUCUGUGGCUGCCUAAGAAAUCUGCUUCGGUAUUAAACAAAAGACAUUUUACAAUAAGGUGACAUUUUAUUAUUUAUACAAUAAAGAGACUUUUAUGUUAUUCAAAACACUUUUUAAAUACUGAAAAAGUUGAGUACACCAAAGCCGAAAAAUGGCUCUGCUAUACACUGCACAGCAUUAUUUUAGUCCCUGUAUUUUGUAUCUGUACAGAAAGCAUCUUCAAAAUGCAUUCUUAUCACAUUGUACACCUUUACUGAUUAGUGUCAAUACGUAAAAUAAAACUGGAGAAUACAGCUUACAUUUGCAAAUUAACUGACAAAGUAAUUUCACUGAUUCAGUAAAUUUAAAAUAUAGAUUCAUAGGACUUCUUUGCACAUAAAAUGAAGCAGCUUUCAAGGUUGUCAUGGUCUCAUACUGCAAAAAAACCGUUAACUACAUUCACAAUCUAUG